AUGCACGAGCAGUGGAUGCUGGCAUUGAUCCUUCUUCGUACACUUUUUCAUCCAGAACUUACUGAAUCCUCUAUAGUCUGUGAGGAUGAAAAAAAAUGUGGCUGUCUCAACAAAGAGAGAAACGUGCAAAUAAAAAGAGUGUAUGAAAACACAACAGCUAUUAUCCCCUGUCCAAACCUGGAAGAGGAUGAAGAACUCAUAUCUGCCAGUCUACACAAGGGAAAGACACAGCUGCACUUUACUUCAGACAUGAUGAACAGUCAAGAAUUAUGUGAGAAGUUUCAAGUGUCCAAACAAAACUACAGCAUCUCAUAUAUGAUUCACGGCACCGAAUCCAAAGACACAGGAAUCUACAUAUGCACAAUAGAAACGCAGAUCGGACAAAGCACAACCUCAAAGGAAAACAAUACUAUACUGCUUGUCAAAGGUGCUCAGCAGUCCACAGAACCGUCAGAGUUAUCUGACCCCUGCCCUUCAAGACUGACAGUGAUUUUUUAUCCACUUUUGGGGGUUGCUAUUUUUUACGACCUGAUAAUAACAGUGAUUGUCUGUGUUCUCGUAUAUAAAUUCAAGAAGAAGAAGCCACCUGAGAACCCGUACAUGAACACAAGACGUGGACGACGAUAUAGGAUCAGAUAAAUUCAGCAACCAGCGCAUUCAGAGAUCUCACAAAGCAGUACACAACAUCAUCUGUGCCUUUCUUUUUAACCGAGCUGGACAUCUAACUACAUGCAGUUUGUUUCGACAGAUUUACAAAUUGCUGUUCGAUGAUGUUUUUACCAUUAAAACACUAGGACACUCUCAUUUUAAUGGCUACAUGUGUUUCAUUGUUGUCGUUCAUUCUGCAUUUCUUCAGUGCAAUUAAGUGGACUUGAAUUGAGUAAUUUAUCUAAAC